AUGUUGAUUGAAUGCCUGUCGUACUCGUAUAAGAUCACUAAAACCCUUCCAUGUCCACGCAAUCCUGCUGCUUGUCAUUCUGAGCCACCAACACCUGUCCUUCCUUUGCUCUCUAUGCUGCGACGAAUACCAACAACAUCGGACGGUAAAGCUGUAAGUAGAUUGCAGGAUAGCAACCGCAUCAAUCAGCCCUUUAAACCACCCACCUCUACUGCUCCCAAACAUGUUCAACCCCCUCGAAAGCGAAAGCGUGUGUCGUAUAAGGAGCAAGACGAUGGCUCUGACUCGGGGGCAGAGCGCUCUAGGAAGAAGCAGAAGAAGGCCAUGGACAAAGACGGCGUCUAUCACAAUGAAGAAGAGCUGCUUGCAGCGAUUCCGAAGUAUCCAGUCUAUGCUGUGAAACCAUUUAGCGAGCUUGGGUCUCGUCGGUUCUCCCUCCCAUCCAUGAAGAGUAAAGACGGAAAACAAGUAUCUCUGCUGCCCUCAAAUAUAUCGCUGGGCGUACGACCACCGACGAAGAUCACACCGCGUCCCUUGCACGACCCUAUGGAAGACCACGCCAUCGUCCUAUACGACCCGACCAUUGAUGAUAGAGAAACGGACGAGGAGCGAAAGGAAAGAGAAAAAGAGAAGGUGAAGGAAAAGGCUAUGAAAGAGGCCGAGGAGAAAUCGGCGGGCUUAUACAAUCCUCAUAAGAGCCUCAAGGCCCUGCUUGGUGAAGGAGCCGACAAGAAGAAGGUUACCAAGGUUCCUGUUGUGAUAGAUCCAAAGCUCUCGAAAGUUCUCCGUCCCCAUCAAGUAGAGGGUGUCAAGUUUCUUUAUAGAUGCGCCACCGGCAUGGUCGUUGAAAACCAGUAUGGGUGCAUCAUGGCAGACGAAAUGGGUCUCGGAAAGACUCUGCAGUGUAUUGCGCUUCUUUGGACACUUAUCAAGCAGUCGCCGAGGGCGAUGAAACCCACCAUCGAAAAAUGCAUCAUCGCUUGCCCGUCUAGUUUGGUCAAGAAUUGGGCGAAUGAGCUAAUUAAAUGGUUGGGACCUGGAGCUAUUACCCCUCUAGCCGUUGAUGGAAAAGGUGCGAAGGCGGAUCUGUUGGAGGCAGUGGCUCGAUGGGUGGCUGCUCGUGGCCGAAAUGUAACGCAACCAGUCAUGAUUGUUUCUUAUGAGACGCUUCGGACGCUGACGGCGUAUAUCGCCAAUUAUCUACCUAUAGAAUCUCUCACAUUCCAAGCGCUGAAUAGUCUCAAUGUCUCUCGCCGGGUUAUCCUGACUGGUACUCCCAUCCAGAACGAUCUUUCAGAGUAUUUCUCCUUGCUGAAUUUUGCGAAUCCUAACUUCCUUGGAUCCAAGAACGACUUCAGGAAGAACUACGAGAAUGCGAUCAUUCGGGGACGGGACUCCAUGGCCAGUGACGCGACUAAAGCAGAAUGUGAAAAGAAAUUGAAGGAGCUCGGCGCACUGGUCACAAAAUUCAUCAUCCGUAGGACUAAUGACCUGCUAUCCAAAUAUCUACCGGUCAAGUAUGAACAGGUCGUAUUCUGCGGACUUUCCGAUUUCCAACUUGCCUUGUAUCGUCUCUUCAUCACCUCGCCUGAAAUCCAGAGGUUGCUCCGAGGGCAGGAUUCUCAGCCUCUGAAAGCCAUAAAUAUUCUAAAGAAACUCUGCAAUCAUCCUGAACUUCUCGAUCUUCCUGGAGACCUGACAGGCUGCGACCACCUUAUCCCGGAAGGCUUCCAGGGACCUAAAGGAAAUGAAGGCAAGGGCCGCAACCAGACCGUGCGUUGUGACUGGGGUGGCAAAUUCCUGGUGUUGGAAAGAUUCUUACAUCACAUCCACACGAAGACCGAUGACAAGAUUGUCCUGAUUAGCAAUUAUACCCAAACUUUGGAUUUAUUCGAGAAACUCUGUCGCAGUAAAAAAUACGGAUUUUUCAGACUGGACGGAACGAUGACCAUCACGAAGCGUCAGAAAUUAGUUGACCAGUUCAAUGAUCCCAACGGCAAGGAAUUUAUUUUCUUGCUGAGUAGCAAAGCUGGAGGAUGUGGUAUCAACUUAAUCGGUGCGAAUCGAUUAGUUUUAUUCGAUCCCGAUUGGAACCCAGCCGCAGACCAGCAGGCGUUGGCCCGAGUCUGGCGUGAUGGGCAAAAGAAAGAAUGCUUCGUCUACCGCUUCAUUUCCACUGGUACUAUUGAAGAGAAGAUUUUCCAGAGGCAAGCCAACAAACAAGCGCUCUCCUCCGCCGUUGUAGACGAGAAAGAGGAUACCGAGCGGCAUUUCUCUAUUGAUUCCCUGCGACAACUAUUUAAAUUCAACGAGAACACCAUUUGCGACACUCAUGACACCUUCAAGUGCAAGAGGUGUAAGGACGGAAAGCAACUAGUCAAAUCACCUGCGCUCUUGUACGGUGAUGCAAGCACAUGGAACCACUUCACAAAUUCUGAAUUAAAGAACAACCACGACGACAUUCUGCGAGCCGAAGUGGGACAGCCCGAGGUGUCCUUCGUCUUUCAGUAUAUCAGCCAUUAA